AUGAACAACUUUACCGAAGGAUUCGCUUUGAUGGAUACAGACUUCCCCUCGGAUCCUAUAUUAGACGUAGUAAUUGGCGAAUGGUCAACUAUUGUCGGGGGAGUCUUUCUAGGGAGCGUCAGCUUGCUAGGGGUCAUCUUCAAUGCUGUCAACGUCAUCGUCUACGCCAAGAUGGGUCAAGAAGACUCGGUCAAUAUCGCUCUUCUAGCACUGUCCCUGUCCGAGCUGGGUGCCUCAAUCGUCCUCCUACUGAUCAGUUGCUUUGGCGCCCCACAGCUGGCGGCCAGUAAUGUUCCUGUGAUUUACUUAAUCAGCUGGUUCCACGUGAUCUUCUCCCGCGUCGCCAGCUGCCUCACCGCGUUUAUCACACUUGAGAGGUACCUCUGCGUGGCGAUGCCCCUGAAAGUGAAACUGUACAUCACAAUGAAGAGAACGAUUGUUAUUGUCUCUGUUAUUUACGCUGGUAUGACGAUCAGCAUGGUUCCGCCGUUUUUCUCCAGAAAGAUUGAAUCAGUCUUGAUGCCCGGAACUAACUGGACAGUGCUUACAUUCUUCUUCAGGGACGAGAAUAGCCAGGGUAUGGAGAGAAUUUCUAUUACUGUCAAUAACGUGACAUUGUUGCUGGCUUUUGCUGUCGUGUUUAUCUCUACGUUGCUUCUUGUCGUCACACUGAAAAGAAAGUCGAGAUGGCGCAGUGAAGCCUCGUCGGCUUCGCGAAGUGACGUCACUUCCAGUCGAGAUCAAAGAGUGAUAAAGAUGAUAACUUUAAUCGCCCUUAUUUUCAUCGUGAGUUACCUGCCCGUCGCUUUGACAACAGCGGCUAUGCUUGGCGUCCCUGGAUACAGCAUGGAAGGAAAAUAUAACAAGAUAUUCUCCAUAACUUGGGGAAUAGAUUUCUUUUUAGAAGGCACCAACGCUACAGCCAGUAUCUUUGUUUACCUGACAAUGAGCUCAAGAUAUAGGUCAGUGCUCAGGAAGCUGCUGAAAUGGAAUACCCACAUCAGUUCCACUCGACUACCCUGA